AUGAAUCAAAACAAUGAUACUAAUAUCAAAUGCCCAAAUUCAGAACAUGCCAAUAAUGUAAAAAUAGUAUGUUUUAAUGAAUCUUGUAAAGCAGAUAGAUUAUAAUGCAUUGAAUGUAUAUAAAAUGGAAUUCAUAUUACUCAUCUUUAACAUUAAUAAGAUUUACUAUUUUUGUUUGAACAUAUUUCAGAUAUUGAAAAAUAAUGUGAAGACUUAAUUAUAGAUUUGAAUAAAUAAAUGGAUAUGGCUUAUGAAUAAUUCUAUUUAUUGAUUGGAGGAAUUAGAUCAAAAUAUCAAAAAUCUAAACAAUAAUUCCUUAACUUAGAUUCUAAAUAAAUGAAUUAUUUCUUUGCAGAAAGUAUUAAAUUCAAAUCAUUUGAAUAAACAAACUUUAUAUUAAUCUAAUAAUCAAUAAAAGAUUUUCAAGAUUCAAUUGUAAAAUUAUUAUCUGAUUUAAAAUUAUCUGAAUUAAAUUAUAAUCAAAUAUCUAAUUAAGAUAUUGAUAAAUCAGAAGAAUUAUAUAAAAAAGGUAAUAAAUCUAUUAAAUUAGGUUAUAAACUAUAUUGGGAUGAUGAUAAUUAUAAAGAGGCAAUUAAAAUAUUUGAUUAAUCAUUAAUUUUUAAUCCAAAAAAUUGUAAUUCAUUAUAUUGUAAAGGUAUGAUUAUUAUUUAAUGUGUUAGCGGACAGUUUAAGGAUGCUUGGUUAAUACAAUGAAGCAAUUGUUUGGGCAGAUAAAGCAUUGAAAGUAGAUUCAAAAGAUUGUGAUUCAUUAUAUUGUAAAGGUAUGAUUAUUUAUUAAUGAGUUAGCUGCGAGUUUAAAGAUGCUUGGUUAAUACAAUGAAGCAAUCAUUUGGGCAGAUGAAGCAUUAAAAGUAGAUCCAAAACAUUGUAGUUCAUUAUUUACCAAAAGUACUAAUUAUUUUGAUUUGAAGGUGAUUCAUUAAGAUUAUUGAAAAUGUUUAAAUAAUCGAUGGAAGUGAUUGAGUAAUCACUAAAAAUUAAUCCAAAUCACUUUGAUUCAUUGUGGGCAAAAGGUGUAAGUAUCUUUUUAAUUUAUAGGUAAAUGUUUACAAGAUUAGAAUUAAUAUUAAGAAGCUUUAAUAUAUUAUAAAAAAGCAUUAAUGAUUAAUCCAAAUCAUGAAUGGACUAGAGACAGAAAAGGUAUAAUCUAAAUAAAAUAUUUAGAUGAAUGUUUAAAAGCUAUAAAUUAAAAAUGA